CGACUGCUUUCUAGCUAGGUUAUGGGAAAGAAAAGUCGACAUCUUCUAGAAAAAUUAGUUUGUCACUACACACAAAGUGGCAGUAUGCCGUAUUCAUUGACCUCAGCAAAACUUGAACUGGAGCAAUCGUGGUAUUUUUUAUUUUUUUUUAAAUUCAAAUCAUGUUACUUUUCUGAUUGCUCAUGAGAUUCCUCCAUAUAAGGAGAUUACCAGACUGAAAGGGAAACCCAUUUAGGAUUAUUAUCAUUCUCAUGGAGCAGAACAAGAAACUUCUGAGGGUGCUAAUGUUGCCAUGGUUAGCUCAUGGCCACAUUUCUCCAUUCUUAGAGCUUGCCAAAACACUAACCACCCGAAACUUCCACAUUUACAUAUGUUCCACCCCUGUAACACUCGCUUCCAUCAAGAAAAAAGUCGAUAAGAAUUACUCCGGUUCCAUUGAUUUGGUUGAUCUCCAUCUUCCAUCUUCGCCGGAGCUUCCACCUCACUUCCACACCACAAAUGGGUUGCCUCCUAAACUCAUGCCGGCCCUCAAAGAAGCAUACGAAAAGUCCGCCCCUGAAUUCUCAAAAAUCGUUUCCGAUCUCCGUCCUGAUUUGGUGAUUUAUGAUUACAAUCAGCCUUGGGCGGCGGAGAUUGCGUCGUCCCUGAAUAUCCCUGCUGUUCAGUUCCUUACAGCAAGCCUUGUUUUUGUGUGUUAUGCCUUACACAUGGUUAAUAAUCCUGGAGAAAAGUUCCCUUAUCCUGAAAUUUAUCUCAGGGAUUAUGAGAUGAAGAAGCAGGAUGAAGCUAAGCUUCAACUCACGGAUGAGGACCUCAAGGACAGAGAUGCGGCGAUUCAAGCUAUGUUUCGAUCCUACAAGAUUGUGCUGAGUAAAUCUUUUAAAGAGAUUGAAGGGAAGUUCAUAGAUAUGUUCUCUGCUUUCUCCAAUAAGAAAGUUGUCUCAGUUGGGCCUCUUGUCCAAGAUGUUACAACAACUGAUAUUGAUAAUGAUGAGGAUGAAGAAAUCAGGGAAUGGCUUGACCAAAAGGAAAAGGGUUCUGUUGUUUAUGCUUCUUUUGGCAGUGAAUACUUCUUGACCAAGGAGGAAAGGCAUGCAAUUUCAUUAGGCCUGGAGCUCAGCAACGUCAAUUUCAUCUGGGUUAUCAGAUUUCCGGUGGGCGAGAACAAAAUCACCAUUGAAGAAUCCUUGCCUGAAGGUUUCCUGAACAGGGUCGGAAACAGGGGAAAAAUUUUGCAAGGAUGGGCUCCUCAGGGGAAGAUUCUGAAGCAUCCCAGUACGGGUGCUUUUUUGAGUCAUUGUGGGUGGGGCUCUGUUAUGGAAAGCAUGAGUUGUGGCGUUCCGGUGGUGGCUCUGCCGAUGCAUAUUGAUCAGCCGCUGAAUGCUAGGUUGUUGACGGCGGUCGGAGUUGGGGUGGAAGCCGUCAGAGAUGACGGAGGGAAUCUGCGGAGUGAAGAGAUUGCGAGAGUGAUAAGGCAGGUUUUGGUGGAUGAAAAUGGUGAAGAUGUGAGGAGGAAAGCUAAAGAGAUGAGUGAAAUAAUGGAGAAGAAAGGAGAUGAAGAGAUUGAUAACGUUGCAGAGGAAUUACAAGGACUUUGCGAGAAUAAACAAUGAAGCAAUUAUUGUCAGUCUUUUUUUUUUCAUCAAUUUCUUUCCAAAAUUGAAAAUUAUGCUGAAAUUUCCACUGAUUUACAUUUACAUGUAACUUUUUCGAAUAUCCCUUUCUUUUCUGUUAAAGAAUGAUUGGUCCAAAAUUGGUGAUGUCGCAUCACAAGAUUCACAAACUUGAUCCUGGUCGGAGAGGAACCAAUUUGACUACGACUCUACACUACACAGUGAGGAAAAAGCUCCUUUGACUUGUCUGAAUAAGGAGUUUUGGCUCUAGGAGUCUAGUGUACACGUACUUUUUUUUGGGGGGCGUUACUAGGAAGGACCGAAGGAGAUGCCAUUGUAACCUUGUGAGUUGGUAAUGUUCUUGAAACCUCAAGACUCUAGUUACAUCAUGAGCUCCAUUAUGCAGUGGCGGAAUCACUCCAUUUGUUUUUAUUGAUGUAAAAAAGGGUAAAUAAAUCCAAUUUUGACGAAUCCUGGUUACUUAAGUUUAUAGGAACCACUAAGCAAAUACUAGUACACGAAUAAUUAUACUAAGGAAUCAAAUAUAACCCACUUAGUUUGGUGGUGUAUCUCUCGGAGGUUCUGGAUUCGAUUAUCUUUGGAUGUAUAAAUAUAUAUUUUUCGGUACAGGAAUAGAGGUAACAAUCUAAAG